ACCGGAGUGAGGGCGGGUUGACUGAACCUGCCACUCCCCGUUCAGGCCUUCACGCUACGGGAGCGCGCCUCCGCUCCUGUUACGCGCUUACUACCAACAGGCAGGGAAUUCAUGAGAGGAAGUAACUGAGAUUCGGACACGAACAACAACUCCACACGGUGCCAGAAACGACAGUAGCUCUAAAUGAGAUGCAAAAACUUCAUCUCUGUUCCCCCCAGAUGGACUAGAAGCGCCGGGUCUGCGCAGAUGGAGGCGGCGAGAAGUUUGCUGUUUGUCGGGGCCGUGCUGCUCGGAGUGACGGGCGCUUCAGGCAGAGAAGUCUGUCGGGGUACAGACAUGAAGCUGGCCCUGCCCUCCAGCCUGGAAAACCACUAUGAGACCCUGAGGCUGCUCUACACCGGUUGCCAGGUUGUUCAUGGAAACUUGGAGAUUACACACCUCCAUGGAAACCUUGACCUCUCCUUCCUGCAGGGGAUUGUGGAGGUACAGGGUUAUGUACUCGUUGCUCAUGUUUCUGUGAGCCUGUUGCCCUUAGACAGCCUUCGGAUCAUAAGAGGCAGCCAGUUGUACAACUCCAGCUACGCGCUGGCUGUGCUGGAUAACACUCACGCCGGUCAGGGGCUGAGGACGCUCCGGCUUCGUAGCCUCACAGAGAUCCUGCUGGGCGCAGUGUAUAUUUGGGGGAACCCCCAGCUGUGCUUCCCAGACCCCCAGAACAUCAAUUUGACGGACAUCUUGGAUGAGCAGAAUGGCCGCGCCAAGGAACACCAACUGCAGCCUCGGCCUCCUAACUGUCCAAGUUGUUCGCCUGCAUGCGGGAAAAGAUGCUGGGGAGAGACUCCUCAGGAUUGCCAAAUUCUGACCCGAGCUAAAUGUGCGUCUGGCUGCCAGCGAUGUAAAGGUCCUCUACCCAACGACUGCUGUCACCUGCAGUGUGCAGCUGGAUGCACUGGACCCAAAGACUCAGACUGUCUGGCUUGUCGUCACUUCAACGACAGCGGUGUAUGUAAAGAGAACUGUCCACUGCCCACCACCUAUGACCCCGUCACGUUUCAGUCCCUAUCCAACCCACACGGGAAGUUUAACUUUGGAGCGACCUGUGUCAAGACGUGUCCUUAUAACUAUCUGGCGUUGGAAGUGGCCUGUACUUUAUCUUGCCCCCCAAACAACCAGGAAGUUGUCGUCACCCAACCUGAUGGGACGGAGACGCAGAAAUGUGAUAAGUGUGAAGGAGACUGUCCCAAAGUGUGUUUCGGCCCGAGUACAGACAACAAUGGUGUCACCGACAGCAGCAGCAGCAGCAUCGCCGUGGUAACGCCUUCCAAUGUGGAGGAGUUCAACAAGUGUACGAAGAUUUUCGGUAGCCUGGCCUUCCGCUCUGAGAGCUUCUCAUGGGAUCCUGCGAAGAACACCUCAGGCCUGACUUUGGAGCAGCUGAGUGCCUUCAGGACUCUGGAGGAGAUUACAGGUUAUCUCUACAUUGAUGCCUGGCCAGAGCAGUGGACCAACCUCAGUGUGUUUGAGAACCUGAAGGUGAUCAGAGGCACGAUGCUCUACAAGGGUGUGUUUUCACUGGCCAUCCAGAAUCUGCACAUCGAGUCUCUCGGGUUGCGGUCGCUGCGCAGCGUCAGUGGAGGUUUGGUCUUGAUUUACAACAACACACAGCUGUGCUACACCAACUCAGUGCCAUGGCAGAAUCUCCUCCAUCCCACCCAGGGUCCGCACCGCAUCGUCAGCCACAACCAGGACCCUGCAGUCUGUGAGAAAGAGAGGAAUGUUUGUCACUCGCUUUGUAAGGCGGGCUGUUGGGGUCCGGGGCCCAGCCAGUGCGUGUCCUGCCAAACUUUCCAACGUGGCACCGAGUGUGUAGAGCAGUGUGAUCUCUAUCAGGGGCCCGUACGUGAAUACAUAGAUGGGUCUAAGUGUGUUGCCUGUGAUCCACAGUGUCGACCCCUCAAUGGCUCAGAGUCCUGCCACGGGCCGGGUGCUCAACAUUGCACGGAGUGUCGGAACUUCCAGGAUGGCGAAAAUUGCGUGGAUCGGUGUCCCAGUGGCGUGAAGGGCGAUCUGCAUACUGUGUGGAAAUACAGCAACGCCACGGGACACUGUCUGCCAUGCAAGACCAACUGCACGCCACCCUGCACUGUGAAGGAUGAGCGAGGCUGCCCCAUUGAUACCAGGACAGGACCUGGCACGUCUAUCGCGGCUGCAGUGGGUGGGGUGGUGCUCUUCAUUAUCCUGCUGGCUCUGCUGGUCUUUUACUUGAGGAGACAGAAGAAGCUAAAGAGGAAGGAGACAAUGAGGAGGAUCCUGCAGGAGCACGAGCUGGUGGAGCCUUUAACGCCGAGUGGUGCUUCACCCAAUCAAGCUCAGAUGCGUAUAUUGAAAGAGACCGAGCUGAAAAAACUCAGGGUGCUGGGUUCGGGGGCCUUUGGCACUGUUUACAAGGGAAUUUGGGCUCCUGAUGGGGAAAAUGUGAAAAUCCCAGUGGCCAUUAAGGUUUUGCGUGAGAACACCUCACCAAAAGCCAACAAAGAAAUCCUCGAUGAGGCGUAUGUGAUGGCGGGCGUCGCCAGCCCGUACGUGUGUCGUCUCCUGGGGAUUUGUCUCACCUCCACUGUGCAGCUGGUCACUCAGCUGAUGCCGUACGGCUGCCUCCUUGACUACGUCAGAGAGAACAAGGACCGCAUUGGUUCGCAGUUCCUACUCAACUGGUGUGUCCAGAUUGCCAAGGGGAUGAGUUAUCUGGAGGAGGUCCGUUUGGUCCACAGAGAUUUGGCAGCCCGCAAUGUCCUGGUGAAGAACCCCAAUCACGUGAAGAUCACUGACUUUGGUCUGGCCCGUCUGCUUGAUAUAGACGAGACUGAGUAUCACGCCGAUGGAGGGAAGGUGCCAAUCAAAUGGAUGGCCUUGGAGUCUAUCCUGCACAGGAGGUUUACUCACCAGAGUGAUGUGUGGAGCUACGGGGUAACUGUUUGGGAGCUGAUGACAUUUGGCUCUAAGCCCUACGACACGAUUCCAGCAAGAGAUAUCCCAGAGGUUUUAGAGGGGGGCGAGCGGCUUCCCCAACCCCUUAUCUGCACCAUUGAUGUCUACAUGAUCAUGGUCAAAUGUUGGAUGAUUGAUCCUGAGAGCAGGCCGAGAUUCAAAGGCCUGGUCAAUGAUUUUAGUGCCAUGGCUAGAGAUCCACCUCGCUAUGUAGUUAUUCAGAAUGAUGAAGAGAUGAGCAAGUGCAGCCCAGUGGACAGCGAGUUUUACAGGAUGCUUCUGAGGGAAGAUGAAAAUAUUGGGGAAAUGAUGGAUCCUGAGGAGUACCUGGUGCCAAAUAUAAGGAAAGGGGACGAGCCCCAGGCCAAUGGGCUAUCCAGACACCAGUCAUACAGGCAGAGCAGAGAUCAUAGCUUAGAUAUGGACCCUUCCAACACUGCUGGGCCUCGGAAUCUUCACUCCUCCCUGACUGGAAUCAGCCACACCCAGUACCCAACCUCACCGAUGGCAGCAAGCGCCUCUAACAGUGUGUGGCCUCAGUAUCCAAUGCUGGCUCGCAGCACCUCAGCUGGAGGUCAGUCUGACUCUGUCUUCCUGGAUGCACCUACAGACGGCCACUCCUUGGCACCAGCCAGCCCCGGACGCUACAGCAAAGACCCCACCUUCCCCAACGGGAGCAAGGAUGACCUAGAAACUGAUGGGUGUAAUGGUUUUCCCCAUCCUUAUCUUCACCACUCACUACCCCGGCGGAGUCACGCCAUUCAAAAUCAUCCCCUGCCAGAGUACGUCAACCAGGAAAUUCAGGAUCUCAGGCCAGGGUUCCCUGAGCGGCCCAGCACACUGCCUCGAAAAUCCAGAAUAGACCGCCGCCUUCCUAACGGCCUAAGUUCAGGUCACAGUGUGGAAAACCCAGGGUAUUUGAUCCCAGUGAACUCCACCUCUCCGGCCUUUGACAACCCAUACUAUCUGGACCUUGGACCCAAAGCGAUUCCCGGGGCUGUGGCGGGGGACGGCCCCACAGGACUGGAAAGCAACGGAGGAGUAACCAGACAUAUGAACGGUUUUGUGACACCGACUGCAGAAAAUCCAGAAUACUUAGGAUUAGCAGACACUUGGAGUGGGCAUACUUGAGGACAGGGACAAUGAGACUAAAAAGGAGACGCAGACGGAGUCUCACUGAGGGAAAUUGGAGAGUUGGGAAGAUGAACAUUUACAUAGCAAAAAUAAGCGGGAUGUGUGUUUCGGAGCUGAGAACGUGCAACUGGAAUCUUCUCACUCUGUCUGGAGAAGCAGCGGCAUCCGAACUGAUCGAGGUUGUCCCUAAAUGCCACGUUAUUAGUACCCAGUUGUAACACGCAUGGACUCAACACAGUGUAGCAUUCAAGUGGUGCCUGUGGCACCAUUUGUAUUCAUGUCUUCCUCUAAACAAUCUGUGACUGUUAACUGCCAAAAAGAAGUUUUCUCUUCUUCUGUAAAUAACACCAUAAACAAAAGAGUUCAAGAAGGUUAUCAUGAUUAUUUUUUAUGGCCAUCUUCUUUUAAGUUGUUUAAUAUCUGUAGAUUUUCCACUAUAUGUGAAGCUUUUUUAUUUUUGUGCAUUUCCUUCAGUUCCCUGUGGAUAUGCUACUCAGUGCAGCUGAACAGUGAAGAAAGAUGUAUAACACUUUUGACAAAGUGAGCCAUGAUGUGCGUUGAAGAUGAUGCUUAGUAUUCUGGUCAGUUUCCCGCAGACCUGACGGGGGUCUCCAGCACUCUCAAAGCCAUUUUGUUUUGGACAGAGAAGGCCCUGCAGCCCAUCUGGCCUGUAGACGUGCUCCCUGAAAGAAAGGCAUCCUGUAUGGAGAAGACAGAGGCAUUGUGCCGCACUGAUGUAUGUGGUUGUUGGUGACCGUGGCUGUAGCUACUUUGUGGUACGAGUCAUCAGCUAUUGAGGUACGAGGAGACAUUUUUAAGCUGCAGAAAUGUCUAAAAAAAUGGGAAUAAGUGGUUAACUGUUCAGGGAUUUUAGUUUUUCUGAGAAAUAUGGAGAACUACUGACUUUUAAGUCAUAAAAAGAACACACUGUGUACAUGUCAGACAACUCUGUGUGCACCCGCCAAGCGCAGUAAGCCUUUAGAGGUUUUAGUGGCUUUUCACUGUGCAAGAAAGCUAUCAGUAAAUAUAUCCCACAAGAAGUGAAGAAUCUGCAUAAGAUAUAGACAUAGCCUAUAUUUGUGUGUGUGUGUGUGUGUGUGUGUGUACAAGCAAUCCACUAGACACUGGAGUGGAUUCUGAGGAGGCGUUGCUUUUGAAUAAUCAAUGCAUGGCUCAAAUUCCACUCACUGAGAACACACUGACAUCCCAGUUAAUAAUAAGCAAGAUUUUUUUUUCUUCAUGUUAACUGGUGUUGGGUUGAGGAGGUGGGGGUGGAGUGGGGUGUCAAACUGAGUCAAUGGAGUCAUUGUCUGACCCUCGUGUCGUCGUCGGAAAGUCAUCGCUCUCCGAACUCGCGCACCCAGAGCGGCGAUGUUUGAAAAGAAAGGAGUUGUAGUGGUUCACUGAGGCUUGUAAUCCUGGAGCGGUCUUGAAACAAGCAGGCCAGGCCUCUCUUUUUUUUUUUUUUUUUCUUUUUUUUCCCUUCUCUGUCUAGCAUACUAAACCAAACCGCAGCUUUGCAUCCACCUUACAACUACUACUGAGUUUGAGGCUCUUUUCAGAUGUAUAAAUUGUCCACAUAAUGGCUGGAGCACGACAUCAGUGGGACUUUGUGCUGAAAUGAGCGCAGCCCCCUCAUUCAUGUCAGUUUUACUCUGAAAGUCUUUGCAGUUUUGGUUUUUGUCUUUUAUUUUGACGUUCUCAUACGGGUUGUGAAGAGUUUUGUUCCACAAUAAGAUCUUUAUAAAUAUUAUGCCUGAUUUUUAAACUACAGUUUCUUACACACACACAUAAAAAUGUACAUACUGGAUUUGUUUUAAAACCCUUAGCUAUCAUAUUACACUAACCUGAUUUAGAAUUAAAGUUUUGAGCGAGGUUUUUAUUUUAUUUUUUGUCAUUUAUUAUAAUGUGGAUAUACAGUGUGGUGUUUUGGAAUGAAAACCUUCAUAGGUGUCAUUGCGGUCAUGUGGAAACCUCAUAUCUCCACUAAAAGAGCUGAUUAAGGUUCAUUAGGAUCAUUGAUCCUGUUGUAUUUUUGUAAACUUGAUGUAAACAUUGAUGUAUACAUUUGUAUACAGUUCAGAUUUUUAAGGAGGGCUGGAGUCUACCCCAGCUGCUGUGGAGAUUGUAACCUGUGGCGACCUGUCCAGGGUGUACUCCGCUACGACAGUCAGGAUAGGCUGCAGGCCCCACCACAACCAGAAUUCCAUAACCAGAAGAAAAUUUAUGGACUUUCUGGAAGAUUUGGAAAGAAUGUGUUUAUUUUAGAUAUUAAAACAAAAAAAUCCUGUAAAAACAGGAGAAUAUGUUUUUGUUUGUUUGUUUUUUACCAAGCCGUAAUCAUGUGAUAGCACCGCUCACGGAUGUUCCUUCCUUGUUUAUGAAUGUAUUAUUUAUCUGGUUGCCGUUAAACCACAACGAUGGCAAUCAUAAAUAAUGAACUGUAUCUGGAUGACUCGUGCAGCCUAAACCCGACUGCAGACUCUCUCGGAUGGCGAGGUGAAUGUCGAAAGUCGUGCCUCAAAGCUUUUAGUCAUAGUUGCUUUUCUGAUUGGAAAAAGCUAAAUGUAUAGCACCAAAUGGCAACAGCAGUUGCCUCAAAGUGCAGCUUUGGUAAAGACUCGACAACAAUACAGAGAAAACCCUGAAAAUCAGACAAACCCCUAUGAGCAAGUAUUUGGCGACAGUGGGGAGGAAAAACUCCCUUUUAACAGGAAGAAAAGGCACAAAAGAAAAUUUGGGCCUCUGCCUGUUUUUAUAGUCGUGUUAGGCAUCAACUUAAAGCCUGUUGAUAAGUGUCCAGUGCAGCUGACGCAAGAACCUGCAUGUUUCAUUGACAGGUUAACCAGAAAGGAAGGAACAGCUAACUAACCAGAGUGUGCUGAAGGUUCUGUAAAGUUAAAUAUCUGUAUCAAUAUAUACAUUUGGAGAGAAAUAUAUCUUUUGUACUUUGCAUUUAAGCAGAUUGAUCUUUCUGUUGGUCAGUAAAUCAGUGGUAGCUAAUUUGAAUACACUAAUGCUCUGCUGUGGGCAGGGAGCAGAGCAAAGUUAUUUCAAGAAGAAAUGGUCAUUUUUAUAUGGAAAUGUUUGCGUAAGUCGAAACAAUAAAACAUUUUGAGUGAAAAACGA